GGGAGGGAGCUAGUUAGUGAGAGAGGAAGGUAGGUGCUUGCCAGUGGUGACCCUGUGAGUGUGCUGCACAGACAGCGCGCGGUGGAGGGAGCCUUUUGUCAGCCAGUUCCUUCCCCAGGCCUGCAUCAGUGCCAUGCCCCAGCAGUGAUGGACUCCCAGAAUCGGGCCGCACUGGACAUCUCCACCAGAAACCCCCAGGAAGACUUCGAGAUCCAGAUCAGGGUUGGUGGAGGGACCUAUGGGGAGGUUUACAAGGCACGGAACAAACAGAGUGGGGAGCUGGCCGCCAUUAAGGUCAUUAAGAUGGAGCCAGAGGAUGACUUCUCAGUGAUCCAGCAGGAGAUUGUGAUGGUGAAGAGCUGCAAGCACCCCAACAUUGUGGCCUACUACGGCAGCUACAUACGGGCCAACAAGCUGUGGAUCUGUAUGGAGUACUGCGGAGGCGGGUCCCUGCAGGACAUCUACCAUGUUACGGGACCUCUGUCAGAGCUUCAGAUUGCAUACAUAUGCAGAGAGAUGCUGAAGGGCCUGGAGUAUCUGCACAGCCAAAAGAAGAUUCACAGAGACAUCAAGGGUGCCAAUAUUCUUCUGAAUGACAAUGGAGAGGUCAAGCUGGCUGAUUUUGGAAUUUCAGCGCAGAUCACAGCCACAUUUGCACGCCGCAUGUCCUUCAUCGGGACACCAUAUUGGAUGGCACCAGAGGUGGCAGCAGUGGAGAUCAAGGGUGGAUACAAUGAGUUGUGUGAUGUGUGGUCAGUGGGCAUCACAGCCAUUGAGCUGGCAGAGCUGCAGCCACCGAUGUUUGAUGUUCACCCACUGAGAGUGCUGUUCCUCAUGUCCAAGAGUGGCUACCAGCCCCCCAAAUUGAAGGAUAAAGCCAAAUGGUCCUCCUCAUUCCAUAACUUCAUAAAGAUGAUGCUGAUCAGGAACCCAAAAAAGAGGCCCGGUGCCUCUAAAAUGCUUACACAUACGUUCGUCACCCAGUCCCACCUGAACCAGUCGCUGACCCUGGACCUGCUGGAGCAGCUCCGGCACCCAGAGAAGCUAAAGGACUGCCUGCAGUACGAGGAGGAAGACGUGGAGAUGGUAACAGCAAGCUCCCUGAGAAGAAUUCAUUCUACAAACCGACACAACCGAGCAGAGCGAACAAACUCUGACAUGAGCUGUAAGAGCUCUUGCAUGUGGCAAAAGAUCUACACCGGGAGAGGAGAUACAGGCUCACCGGAGGCAACGUUACGGCCCACGGCAGAAAGCAGGACAGUGGGCUCUACAGGCAGGGACAGCUCAGACAAACGGAGCCUGAACAGAGACCAGAGCAUGGACUCGGAUGACGACUACGAUGAUGUGGACAUACCCAGUAACUACACCACUAGUGAAACAAUGCCAGCUGAUGAGGUCCCGCCCCCACUUCCUCCAAAACCCAAGAUGCGCACCAGCUCAGAGGAGAUUGUGCCAGGGGAGGGUGACCGGGGACGGGGUGGAGGCUCCCUCUACGCACCCUCGCCCCUGCUGCGCUGUUCCAGCAGCAGUGGUGCUCGGCCUGUCCCGAGGCCGCGGUCCGUCCGAAACGUCAACUCCGACCCCACCUCCUUCACGGGUCACAAGAUUGACAGCCCACCUGAACUUCCCCCCAAGAUGGACAGGAGACAACGCCAGCUCCCUCAGGCCCCAGUGGAAUGCACCAAUCCAGUGCUGAGGAAGCCUCCAGUAUUCUUUAAGAAAGUAUUCCAUGGCUGCCCUCUAAAGAUCAACUGUUCAACCAUUUGGGACCACCCCACUACCAAAGAUCACCACCUCAUCUUCGGAGCAGAUGAGGGUAUCUUCACACUGAACCUGGACGGGCCUGACGCUACGAUGGAGCUGCUCUAUCCAGGAAAGUGCAGCUGGGUCUAUACCAUCAACAACGUCCUUAUGUCAAUUUCAGGUAAGGCCUCUCAGCUGCACUCUCACUCCUUAAAGGAGCUCUACGAACAGGCACGCAAGGAACACCGAAUGGUAGCGCUGCCAACUCACAGGCUACUGCCCAGGAAAUUUACUGUGACCAGUAAAAUACCAGACACAAAAGGUUGUAGGACCUGCUCUGUAGCCCAGAACUCCCAGCGGGGCUGUGUGUUCCUGUGUGGGGCUCUGGAGUCCAGCGUAGUGCUUCUGCAGUGGUACGAGCCCAUGCACAAGUUCAUGCUCAUCAAGCACUUUGACUUCCCCCUGCCCAGCCCCCUGCGUGUGUUUGAGAUGCUGGUGGUCCCGGAUCAGGAGUACCCGCUGGUGUGCAUCGGGGUGACCAGGGGGCCCCACUCUACCCAGCCCGUUCAGCUCGAUAACAUCAACCUCAACUCCAACACCUCCUGGUUCUUCAGCAACAGCUCAGGGAACACCAGCCUUGACACGGUGCAGGUGAACCAGCUCGACUGCAGCACGUUACUGGUGCUCCUUGAGAAGUCAGUGCACAUCGUGAACCUGGAGGGUGUGAGGAGGAGCCAGAGUAAACUGCAAGCAGAGACCAACUUCUCCUUCGCUGUGGAGGCUGUGGUGUAUUUCGAGGACACCCUGCUGGCCAUGUGGCGGCACGGCUGGCAGCGUAGGGGGGAGAGCUUCUCCAACAUCCUGGAGGAGGAAACGGACCGUAGGAAGUCCUUCCGUCUGGUGGGAUCGGACAGGAUGGUUGUCAUGGAGACGCGGCAGUGCGAGGACCAGUCAGGACUCAGUAACUUGUACAUCCUGCAGAUUGCUGAGAACUUGGUCCCAGUGAACUGAGAUCAGAUGUGCUGACAGAGCAGCGGGCUGAGCCACUGGCCGGCUGUAGCCUGUUACUCCUCCAAAAAAACAUUCUACAUCCCACUCCCAAGCAGUCAAUGUCAAUGUCUUGUGUUGCCACAUGAAUAGCAACAUGAAUGGCAGUCUGCAGAGGGUGGAGGUUUGAUGCUGUUACGUUCUGUGCCGAGGCUCUGUUGAGACCGCGGUUAGGCUCUGUAUCCACACAGGUGAUAGGAUGAAGCAGUUACACAAACUGCAAAAGCACUCACAGACAGUGGCACUCCACCAUACUGAAUACACCAAGACAGUCAGGCAUACUUGCAGAGACCAACCCAUAUACAUAUUCAGACAUGAAUUUUUCUCUCUUUCCCCACUCCCUUGUAUAUACACACAGAUGUGCACCUGCACAGACACAUGAAACAGUGUCUAACCCACAAACUACUCAUUUGACUGUCCAUUUUGGCAACACUUUUUUCUUAAUCACUCACAAACUUACAGGAACUUUAAAAAUAGGCAAAUUCCACUUGCAACAAUGAGUUUUAUUCAUUCAUGGUCCAACUGCCUGAUGACACAAUUCAUCAGAUGAAUGCUUCUUUGAAUUUUGAGGGUUUUUUCAAUGUUAAUUGUAACUGCCGGUAGUGUGGUCUAGAUCACAAUCAUCCACAGUCACCAUUUGCCACCCACAUAGUUUCACAACCCUAUUACCAUGCAUAACAGGUCAGCCUCAAGUUACUGCCCCCGCUCUAUUGGAGCAGUCUAGAAAUCCUGAGACAAAUACAUGUAUUCAUAAAGGUCGGUCAACAAAGAGUUAUUUAUAAUGUACUAUUCUCCCUUUUCCAAGAACUGGUUCAGAAAAUGCAUACAUUCAGACAUGCAACUUGCUUAAUAUCAGUUACUCAAGAUCGUUGAGUCAAUGUUUCUACGAAUGUACAGCGGAAUAGCUCUAUUUUGUUGAGCAUUCA